GUUAAAACCCUCUCUACGAGCAGACAGAUGCAGAGGCAGAGGCAGAGGCAGAGGCAGUGAAGCAAUGGUGACAGAAAAAAGCACGAAGCCCUCAAAGGACAACAUAGAGGCGUUGAAAUCAGAGGUAGCCUCUUUUGCUUCCUCUUUAGGCCUCGCCUCUUCCACUUCCUCCUACACUGGUUUCAACGAUACAGAUUUUCGAAACCCUAAACCAAAACCAAAACCUAAACCAAAACCAAAACAAAAUCAAAACGAAGACAAACCACCUCCUCCUUCUCAAAAACCCCAUCUUGAUAAAAAAACCUCAAAUAAGCCUCCAACUUUUAGAAACAAAAAUGACAAAUCACAAAAACCCAUUUCAAAACCAACACCAAAGCCUCCAAUUUUGUCGCUUGAUGCCGGUGAUGAUGACAAGAACAGUAAUAUUACAAGAAAAUUUGACAAGUACAAGAACCUCCCUAAGUUGCCUUUAGUGAAGGCAGGUGCAGUGGGUGUGUGGCAUGUGGACUUAAUGGAAUUGGAGAACAAAGUUUUGGGUGAAGAAAGCAAAGGAAAGUUGGAAGUUAAAAUGGGUGUUGGGGAAUGGAAAAGCUUUGUGGAGAAGAAGAGAGAGUUAGGGGAGAGAUUGAUGUGGCAGUAUGGAAAGGAUUAUGAACAGGGUAGAGGUCAAAAGGGGGAUAUUAAGAUGUUGCUAGCUACACAGAGGUCUGGGACUAAUGCUGAUAAAGUGUCUGCCUUUUCUGUGCUUAUUGGUGACAAUCCUGUUGGAAAUUUGAGGUCACUUGAUGCACUUUUAGGAAUGGUAACAUCCAAAGUGGGGAAGCGGCAUGCUCUAACAGGAUUUGAAGCAUUGAAAGAGCUUUUUAUUUCAACUUUGCUACCUGAUCGUAAGCUGAAGACCCUUUUACAGAGGCCUCUAAAUAAUGUUCCUGAGACAAAAGAUGGUUAUUCUCUUCUUCUUUUAUGGUAUUGGGAGGACUGUUUAAAGCAGAGGUACGAACGUUUUGUUUUUGCACUUGAGGAAGCAUCAAGAGAUAUGCUACCUGCACUAAAAGACAAGGCAUUGAAGAUAAUGUAUGCAUUGUUGAAGAGCAAAUCAGAGCAGGAGCGCAGAUUGCUUUCUGCAUUAGUUAACAAACUAGGUGAUCCCCAAAAUAAAAGUGCAUCCAAUGCUGACUUUCACUUAUCCAACCUUUUGUCUGACCACCCAAACAUGAAGGCUGUGGUGAUUGAUGAAGUGGACUCUUUUCUUUUUCGACCUCAUUUGGGAUUACGAUCAAAGUACCAUGCUGUUAAUUUUCUGAGUCAAAUUCGUCUUGGUCAUAGAGGCGAUGGACCAAAAGUGGCAAAACAUCUGAUAGAUGUAUACUUUGCACUGUUCAAGGUGUUGAUAACUGAGGCAGGCAGCAGCAAAAAGAUGGAUAAAAGCAGCAAGGCAGAGAGAAAUACUUCUGGUUCUUCUAAAGAGAACGAGAUAAAAAGUUCACCAGAAUCCCACAUUGAAUUGGAUUCACGACUUCUAUCAGCUCUUUUAACAGGUGUUAAUAGAGCAUUUCCUUAUGUUUCAAGUGCUGAGGCGGAUGACAUUAUUGAGGUCCAAACACCAACGCUCUUCCAACUGGUUCACUCCAAGAAUUUCAAUGUGGGGAUUCAGGCACUGAUGCUUCUUGAUAAAAUCUCAUUGAAGAAUCAGAUUGUCAGUGACCGGUUUUACCGUUCUUUGUACUCCAAACUCUUACUUCCAGCUGUCAUGAAUUCAUCCAAGGCAAAAAUGUUUAUUGGACUCCUUCUGAGAGCCAUGAAAAGUGAUAUAAAUCUGAAGCGGGUUGCUGCCUUUUCAAAGCGACUAUUGCAGGUUGCCCUUCAGCAGCCACCUCAGUAUUCCUGUGGAUGCCUUUUUCUCCUCUCGGAAGUUCUCAAAGCACGGCCACCUUUAUGGAACAUGGUGCUCCAAAGUGAGUCAGUUGAUGAAGAUCUUGAACAUUUUGAAGACAUAAUGGAAGAAACUGAUAAUGAACCUUCCACAACACCCAAAAAAGAAGAGAUCGAAGUUGAUUUAGUUGAAAAUGGUGAUAAGAUCGACUCUGAAAGUGAUUCUGCAGAAGAUGAAGAUGAUUCUCCCGCUACUAGCUCCGAGGAUGAUGUUUCAGAUGAAGAGGAGUUGCUAAUGGAAGACAGUUCAAAAGAACUUCAAGAAUCACAACCACAAUCUGAUCAUAAUGGUAACCAGCCACAAAUAAAUUCUUCAGGGUCUUCCCUGCCUGCAGGAUAUGAUCCACGUCACAGGGAACCUUGUUACUGCAAUGCAGAUCGUGCUAGCUGGUGGGAGCUGAUGGUACUUGCUUCACAUGCGCAUCCAUCUGUUGCUACCAUGGCUGGGACACUUCUAUCUGGUGCUAAUAUUGUUUACAAUGGAAAUCCACUGAAUGAUCUAUCACUUACUGCUUUCCUAGACAAGUUUAUGGAGAAGAAACCCAAGCAGACUGCAUGGCAUGGUGGCUCCCAAAUUGAACCAGCCAAGAAGCUUGACAUGAACAUGCAUUUGAUCGGGCCUGAAAUUCUUUCAUUGGCUGAAGUAGAUGUACCUCCAGAAGAUCUUGUCUUUCACAAGUUUUAUGUGAAUAAAAUGAAUACCUCAAAACCAAAGAAAAAGAAAAAGAAGAAGGCAGCUGAAGAGGAAGCUGCUGAAGACUUGUUUGAUGUGGGUGAUGGUGAUGAUGAUGACGGCGAUGACGAUGUGGUUGGUGAUGAUGAGAGUGACAAUGAAGAGAUCGAUGAUCUAUUAGACUCUACCAAUCUUAGUCACGGAGCGGAAAAUGAAUAUGACUACGAUGACUUGGACCAAGUUGUUAACGAAGAUGACGACGACUUAGUCGAUGAUGCAGAGGUGGAUGCCCUAACAGAUACUGAGGGAGAAGAUUUUGACACCAUUGUUGACAGUGACAAUGAUGCUGUUGAUGUCGGGGAUGCAGAUGAUGGUACUGAUGAGGAUGGGCUUGACCAACGGAAAAGAAAGCGGAAGUCUAGAGGGAAGGCAGGUGCGUCCCCAUUUGCAAGUCUUGAGGAAUACGAGCAUGUAUUAAACGAAGAUAAUGCAACAAAAAAGAAGUCAGAAAGAAAGAAAAAGUCUAAAUCACUGAAGAAGAGAAAAUCAUCUAAAUAGUCCUAAUUUACGUUGUUGGUUUUUCUGUCUGUCAUGUGCCUUCAAAUUCCCAAGAAACGACAUAAGAGUUUGGUGUGUAUUGUUGGUGCAUUUUCCUCGUUCGCUUCAAAACUUUUCGCCAAGUUAUUAACCAGGCAAUUUUGGUAGAUCAAGCAGCAUGGCCAAACUGGUCACAACAGGAUUGUUGAUUUAAAAUGUAUUUAAUUUUAAGCUUUUUUGUGCGA